GGCGGGGGGUGCCCCCCCAGCUCCCACGUGGUCCAGGCGCCUGUGAAUCGCGCCCGCCGGAGGGUCUCACAGCCAAAUACAAAAGCAACUGGGAAGCGGCGGCGAGGCGAGUUCCAAGCACCGGGCCGAGAGCCGGGCAGAGCCCCGCUGCGCCCCGUUGCCGCGAUGGGACUGAGACGCCCGGAGCCUCGGAGCCAACAAGCUGACGGGCCGGCCUCGCCGCCGGGAUUCUGGUGCACGGGCUCGGCUUGAAGCGGAGGCGGCACCGGCGCGGCCCGGGAAGCAUGGGCAGGAGGAUGCGGGGCGCCGCCGCCACCGCGGGGCUCUGGCUGCUGGCGCUCAGCUCGCUGCUGGCGCUCAGCUCGCUGCUGGCGCUGUGGGGCGGGCUCCUGCCGCCGCGGACCGAGCCUCCCGCCUCCCGGAUGCCCGAAGACCUGCCCCCGCGGCGUCCGGCCCGGCCCGGGGGGCCCGAGCCCGCGCCUCGCUUCCCGCUGCCCCAGCCCCUGGCACGGGAAGCCGGUGGCGGCUCCUUGAAAACUUUCCGGGCGCUGCUCACCUUGGCGGCCGACGCAGACGGUCCUCCCGGGCCAUCCCCGGGUGAGCGCGGGCGGGGCGAGCGGCCCCGGCCGGAGGAGCGCGCCGCGGUGCGCGGGGGAGUCUUCUGGAGCCGGGGCCUGGAGGAGCAGGUGCCCCGGGGCUUCUCCGAGGCCCAGGCGGCGGACUGGCUGCAGGCGGUGCGCGGCGCCCGGGUGGUGGCCCUGGAGCGUGGGGGCUGCGGGCGCAGCUCCAACCGGCUGGCCCGCUUCGCCGACGGCACCCGCGCUUGCGUGCGCUACGGCAUCAACCCGGAGCAGAUCCAGGGCGAGGCCCUGUCCUACUACCUGGCGCGCCUUCUGGGCUUCCAGCGCCACGUGCCGCCGCUCGCGCUGGCCCGGGUGGAGGCUCGGGGCGCGCAGUGGGCGCAGGUGCAGGACGAGCUGCGUGCGGCGCACUGGACGGAGGGCAGUGUGAUCAGCCUGACGCGCUGGCUGCCCAACCUCACGGACGUGGUGGUGCCCGCGCCCUGGCGCUCCGAGGACGGCCAUCUGCGGCCCCUAAGCGCCGCGGGGGGCGAGCUGGCCAACCGCAGCCAGGCGGAGCUGGUGGACCUGGUGCAGUGGACGGACCUGAUCCUUUUCGACUACCUGACAGCCAACUUCGACCGGCUGGUCAGCAACCUCUUUAGCCUGCAGUGGGACCCGCGCGUCAUGCAGCGCGCCACCAGCAACCUGCACCGUGGUCCCGGAGGGGCACUGGUCUUUCUAGACAACGAGGCGGGCUUGGUGCACGGCUACCGGGUGGCGGGCAUGUGGGACAAGUAUAACGAGCCGCUGUUGCAGUCAGUGUGCGUGUUCCGCGAGCGGACAGCGCAGCGCGUCCUGGAGCUGCACCGCGGGCAGGACGCGGCUGCCCGGCUGCUGCGCCUCUACCGGCACCAGGAGCCUCGCUUCCCCGAGCUGGCCGCGCUCCCCGACCCCUACGCUCAGCUGCUGCAGCGCCGCCUCGACUUCCUUACCAAGCACAUUUUGCACUGUAAGGCCAUGUACGGCCGCUGACCAAGGAUUUAGCAUCCUGGAAGGAAGACACCCCUGUCUUGUUUGGGGAACGGAUGAUAGGGAAGGGACCGGUGACCUUUACCACUGCCUGGGACGAACCAGCCAACGCCCAGCCAACUAAAAAUUUCCGCUUCACCCAUCUGCCCCUUUCAACCCCACACUGUUACCUUGCAAAGUUCUGGGAGGAUUAACUCCCCCAGGCAAGCGCUGUAACGUUCCUUCCACCUAGUCUAUAAAUAGAUCCUGCCCAGUGCCAGUGGAUAGAGUUUGGAUCAUUAGAAACUGGCUGCUGGAGUUUGGCCCCCGGGUGGCCGUCCCUGUGGGAGACGCAUCCCGUUCCUCUGCCUCCUCCCUCCCCUUUCCGAAAAAGGAAAACUUAGAUUUGAGCCAUGCAGCUCAUUCUGCAAUUUCAUGCCAAACGCAGCGCCGGUGGCCCAUGAGCAGGGCUGUGGCACUGCCUGGUGGAGCCCCCUUCCUGUGUUCUCCCUUUGUUCUAGCUCCGUGAUGGUGAGAUCACACUGUUAGAAGCUGGGGGCCGGCUCCGGGUCGGACAAAGAGAGCAAGACCUCCAGAGUCAGUCCUGCAGACUUAAUGGUGUGUGUGUGUGUGUGUGUGUGUGUGUGUGUGUGUGUGUGUGUGUGUGUGUGUGUGUAAGUAAGGGCUUCCUUCGAAAGCAGGACCUGCGUGCACUGAGGCAAAUAAUACGUUUCUUCUUACUCUUCUUUCCACCUGACCAAAAUUUUGACAAUGAUGAUAUUCACCAGAAAGAAAAAUUGAGUUUCAUACACUUUACUUUGUGUUAAUUUUAAUUUUUUAAUAAGGAAAACUUUUUUAUUUGACAAAAUCUGCCUUCUAUGUAUAUAUGUGCAUAAAGUGUGGUGUAAAUAUACUAAACAGACUUAUAUUUCAAUAAAAGGGAGUUUAAAAUUUAAAAUUUUAAUCCGGUGGUUUUAACAGAGGUGUCUGAUGCCCUACCUGCUUAUAAAAUAAGCUCUAGGAACCUCUCACUCCUUGGGUGUGCUUUUAAAACAAAGGACAUAUAUACAUUCCAGCUAUGACAAUGGGACAUAUGGACUGAACAAAGACAAGAACAGAUCCUCUGUCUCAUGAACCCUAGUGCUGAAAAUUUCAGGGUUCAGCAUAGAAUGUGGGAGUAAGGUGGAGAGAGGGACAGCGAAGGGAAAUACUCUUUAUUUCCUAGCAAAUAAAAGUUAGAUAUAAAAGGACCUCACUGUAAUAUAUUCCUAAAUUAAUCAUUUGGCAAAUAUGAUAGAGCCAGAUGUGCAUACUAAAAUAUGCCAACCCCUUCCCUUUUCAGCUUCACUAUCGUGGUCACGUUUGCACAUUAUUUUCAGCACUGUAAUUACUGUGCAUCACAAUGUGUACAAAUAACAAGCUGAGCACAUAUUGUAAACAGGUAGAGAAAGUCAUAAAUUAAUUCUUCCCUUUAAUCUCCUGGCAUAAAUUUCACUGCAUCCAGGAAACCAUCAUCUCCAACAUCUGGAUUCAUCCAGCUCUCCCAAGAGAUUGUACCAUUUUUGUAUUUGUUUUGGGGGCGGUUGGGGAGGGUUCCCCCUCCAGGUACUAAUUGCACAAUCAUUUCAUCAACAAUAAGGAAACAAGGAAAUGUGAACUAUUUAUAUAUCACAUUUGGGCCCAUGUUUCUUGACUGCAUUCAUAGUCAGCAUUUUUGGAUUGUCUUGAACUUCAGUUUGACCUCAUGGGGUUAGGGGGAAAGGGAUUAUUUUGUAUUUAUUUUACAUCUUAUUGGUGUUUUAUCUUGGCAAUUUCUUUGAUGUCUGGGUCCAAAUGGCCUUGCCUAUCCCCCCCCCCUUGUUUUUAAUUUAAUGACCCUUAAAGCAACUUUUGGUUCUUUUUAAUAGUUUUUUUUUUAUUAGAAAUGCAUUUGUAAACCUAGGGUUUUAUAGACUCAUGAAGAUAUUAAAUCUCUGUGGGUUCCCCUUCUCACUGCAUUACAGCACAGUGUGUAAUUUAACUAUUUAAUGCUAUUCUUAUGUUUUCAGUGCCUUGUGCUAAGCCAAAUCUGUCUCAAUGAAAAAAAUAUAUAGAGUCCAUAAACGA